AUGGCGCAUCCGGUGGUGUGGCGGAGGUUAACGGUACUGUUGGCCGUCCUCUGUCUGCACGGUGCCAUCGUGCUAACGGAGCAGCAACAUGCCACGGGUCGUCACGGUUUCCCACCGAGCGUCCUACACGUGGAACCGCACGUCGAGGCGAGCCGUAGGGCACCACGCACGAUCACACUGUCUCUGGGCGACCUGGACAACGAUAAUGCCGAUCCGGAGGUGGCCGCACUGCUAGCUCGGUCUCCCUUUCUGCGUGACGAGCUGAAGCACCAGCGUACACGGCGUGAUGCAGCACCCGCUACACCAAACGUCAACAGUGGCACGGGGCAAAGCAAAAAUGCCACAUCUGGCGGCAACAAUUCGUCCGCGGUCGCAACACCGUCAACCAAAAAUACGGUAUCAUCGGAAUUUUCCCCAUCGCCGAUAAUCAAGGCGAAGACGACCAAUCUAAACGAUUCCCAUGGGCAGCUCAUCGUGCACUGGUUGGGCGAAGGUACGAACGUUAUGAUCUGUCUCGCUCGCGAACCGCCAGAUACGGACAUGAAGUCACCGCCGCCACCACCAUCGCGUAUCUUCAUGUCGAACGAUUAUGGUGAUACGUUCGAAGACAAGACGCCCCACUUCAUGCUUAACAUCAGCGGUGUGCUGACAAAUUCCACGGUGGAGCAAUUUUUCACUCAUCAAAAGUUUAACACGAUUGUCUUUAUUGAUCCCCGAAAUCAAGCGAUAUUUACAUCGGACGAUUAUGGAGCUACCAUUACGAAGCAAAAACUCGACUUCACACCCUCGGAUGUGUCGUUCUACGAUGCGGAUAGGCGAACGUUUCUCGUGCUGGACAAGCGUGAUCCUCAGAGAAAGCUUUAUUAUACAACCGACUUUGGAGCAUCUUUCACACUACUUCAAAGCUACGUCAAAUCGUUCCUUUGGUCGAUAGGUGACGGUGUCCCCAUUCAUCUGUACGUGGAACGUAAAGAACCUACAAAUACUUCAUCGGUAAUCUUCUUCAACGCAGCCGACCUUUACACCGGUAACCGGCAGUUUAAUGUGUUGAUCGAAAAGGUGGAAGACUUCAACAUCAACAAAGACUUCAUGUUUGCGUCCCAGCGACUCCCCAACAGCACCCAGCUGCUCAUCUCGUACAAACGAGGCAAGUUUGUGAAGGCCGACUUCCAAACCGAGCUGGACAUUCGGGGCUACCAUGUGGCGGAUGUCGAAGGACGCCGCAUUAUGAUUUCGGUGGUGCACUCGGAGCGCAUCUCGCAUCUGUACGUGUCCGAAUCGAACGACGAUAUGACGGACAUUAAGUUUGUGCCUAGUCUGGAAAACAUUUUCACCUACAUUCCCGACUUGAACUGGCGAUCCAGCUGGUUGGUGAAAUCAUCCGAAACAGCGUUUACUGAUCUGUAUCGGGUAGAAGGCUUAAGGGGAAUCUACAUCGCAUCGAAGAUGAUCCGUCUGCCGGUCGCUGAAACGAUUACACCGGACUAUCUGAUGUCGGUAAUAACGUUCGAUCAUGGUAAUACGUGGCGAACAAUUAAGGCUCCGGAAACGGACGAUGAAGGGGCUUUGCUUAACUGUGGUAAAGAUUGUAGUCUUCACUUGACACAGAAAUUCUCCUCGUUAUACCCAGUGACCAGGUCCGUUACUAUAAUGAGUUCAAAAACGGCACCAGGCGUAAUUAUGGCUUCAGGCGUCGUGGGCAAAUCACUUAAAGGCCACCCUGGAGUGUAUAUUUCGCGCGAUGCUGGAUUAACGUGGAAGCAGAUUCUAAAGAACUACUAUUUCUUCAAUAUGGGCGACCAUGGCGGGAUACUGGUAGCGGUAAAAUAUUUUAAAUCAAAGGGCGAAACGAACGAAAUCCUCUACUCCACGGAUGAGGGCGAACGGUGGCACUCGACACCAUUCAUUGGCAAGCAGCUUAAAGUGUACGGAUUGAUGAGGGAAGCGGAAGCAAACGGAACCAUCUUUACGCUGUUCGGUUCGGAACAGGAUGAGCACCGGUGGUUAAUCAUAAAGAUCGAUCUGAAGAACGCUUUUACCUCGAACUGCACGGAAGAUGAUUACAAAUUUUGGACGCCCGGUUCAUAUUCUGGCGACUAUUUUAUGCCGUGUGUGCUCGGACGCCAGGACACGUAUCAGCGCCGAAAACCGCAUGCCAAUUGCCAUAAUGGUCUCGGAUACGAGCGACCUAUUCGGCAGGAGGUUUGCGAAUGCAACAGUUCUAACUUUGAGUGUGAUUAUGGGUUCAUACGCAGCGGUCAGAAGCGAUCGUUCUGUGUGCGUAACAAAACGUUGACAAAUUUCGACCCGUACGCGGUGCCGAAGUCGUGCAAACCAGGUGCAUACUACAACCGUACUCGAGGCUACCGGAAGAUCGAAGGAGAUGUGUGUGUCGAUGGAUUUUCAUCCCAGUUUCUGCCACAAUCGAUUCCCUGUCCGAUGGAGCAAUCGGAUGAGUUCUUGAUAAUAGCGCAGCGCGAAAAGAUUUCCCGCAUCGAUCUGCGGAACAACAACACACGCACCGAGUUUGCUAUUCCCGGGCUGAAAAAUGUGAUCGCUAUUGAGUUUGACUUGAAGCGCAACUGUGUGUUUUGGGCAGAUAUUUUGACGGACGUGAUCGGGCGACAGUGUCUGAACGGGAACUCUACGCCGGAAACGUUGGUGGAUAAUGGUCUGUCGUCUGUAGAGGGUAUGUCUUACGAUUGGAUCUCGGAAGUACUGUACUUUGUGGACGGAAUGCGUCUGAUGAUAGAAGCACUAAGGGUUCCACCGCCGGGAACGAUUCCGCCGGCAGGUUCACAGCGCACGCCAAAUAUUCGACACACGAUUAUGGAUAGCAAGUAUCUGAACAAACCGCGCGGUAUCGUCGUACAUCCGAUGGAAGGAUAUCUAUUCUGGACCGAUUGGAAUUCCAUUAGGCCAUCGAUUUCCCGUGCCAACAUGGACGGUACGGAUGUGCGGGAACUGUUUACAAAACCCCAAGUCGCCUGGCCAAAUGGAGUUACCAUCGAUUAUAUGGCCGAACGGUUGUACUGGGUGGAUGCGAGCAAGGACUACAUUGCGAGCAGUGAUUUGGAUGGUAAAAAUUUCCACAAAGUAAUGCAGCAGGAUCCGUUCGUGCAGCAUCCGUUCGCGGUGGCUGUGCUGAAGGAUGUGAUGUAUUGGGACGAUUGGAAACAAAACUCGGUCUUUUCCGCAGACAAAGAUCAUGGCAUUAUGGCGAAACUGGUUGCGGACAGCAUGGCCAAUUUGAUGGAUAUGAAAGUGUACGGUCACACGAUUCAGGUCGGUACGAACGCUUGCUCGAAAAAUGAUCGCUGUUCGCAUAUUUGUGUCGGUGGGCCGAAACAAACGUACAGCUGUCUCUGUCCGGAUGGCAUGGAGCUGGUAAAGGAACAGUGUAUAUGCCCCGCGGGAACGAAGGCCCUAGGAAAUGGAUGCGCUCGGACGGGUGAAACGUGCGGUCCAAAGUUCUUCAGCUGUAACAACACGCGUUGCAUCCCGCAGAUUUACAAAUGUGACGGGGAGGAUGAUUGUGAGGAUCGUAGCGAUGAGGAAGGUUGCCCUGCUGCGAAACCGGCCUGUCCGCCGCACAUGUUCACGUGCAAGCUUGACCAGCAAUGCAUACCGAAGCAUUAUUUGUGUGAUUUCGAUAAGGACUGCAAGGAUGGUAGCGACGAGGAGAACUGUAAGAAAACGCACUGUAAGAAGGGUGAGUUCACUUGCGACAAUGGGCGCUGCAUUACGCAGGGUUGGAAAUGCGAUGGUGAGGAUGAUUGCCGGGACGGAUCGGAUGAGAAGGACUGUCAGAAGAAAAAUGUAACGUUGAUCGAGUGCAAAUCGGACGAAUUCCGGUGUAAUGUAACGAGCGCUUGUCUGCCGAACCAGUGGCGCUGCGACACGGAGCAAGACUGUCCGGACGGUUCGGAUGAGGCGAACUGCAACAAUAACACAUGCGAAUCGUGGAUGUUUACGUGUGUGAGCGAUGGCAAGUGCAUUUAUAAAACGUGGCAGUGCGAUGGCACGAAGGAUUGCAAGGAUGGUAGCGACGAGCAUGGCUGUGCAUCGAUCAUUGGUGAUAAUAGCAGUGCACCAACGAAAAAACCGGAUAUAAACAUAAUGCCGGGCCAGGAGUGUCACGAUUGGAUGUUCAAGUGUAAGAACGAACGCUGCGUACCAUACUGGUGGAAAUGCGAUGGGGUGAAUGAUUGUGAGGACCACUCGGACGAGGAUGGGUGUAGCGAGGUGGGUAUGAACCCGGUCAUUAACGGCACGACGGUAACCCAUCCAAGCACGCCGACCCCAACGCGACGCAAAGAUCGUACGUGCGGCUUGCAUGAGUUCCGCUGUGAUUCCGGCACGUGCAUUCCGAAACGGUUCGUGUGCGACGGUUACAGCGACUGUACGGGUGGUGAAGACGAGGCCAACUGUCCGAGCCAAAAGCUGUGCAGCAAUAACAAUUUCCGCUGCCGCACUGAUGGCGCCUGCCUUCCGAUGAGCCGGUUUUGCAAUGGAAUUCAGGACUGUGUCGAUGGCAGCGACGAGGAGUGCAGCUUCAAGCCAUCAACAUCUGUCACUACAAACCGAAACUGUAGCACCAAUCCGGGUGUGUUUGCGUGCGACAAUACCUGCUUCGCGCUGAUGCUCCUAUGCGAUGGCAAACCGGAUUGUUACGAUGGGACGGAUGAGGAAAAUUGCUCGGGAAAUCGGAAAGGACGUCAAUACUAUCAGGUUACGCAGAUCAGUGUCGAUCAACGGUCAUUGAAUUCAUCGAGCUUCCUAAUCUUCUGGUGGACCAUGCUGGAACCAAAUGUAACGUACGAGUAUUUACCCUCAAUUUAUUACAACAAUGAGUGGAAAAAUGUAACGAACUGGAUAACGGAAACGUCGUACCGCUUUACCAACCUGAAGCCCUACACAACCUACUCGGUGACAACGUACGUACGGGUGAAGGGUCAAUCGAAGAUCACACCACCGUACAUUUACUACGAAAUAGCGACCACCGAAGGAAUUCCAUCACCACCGUUAAGCGUCUCGGUCAUUCAGCAGAACGGUUCUCGUGUCCUGGUAAGCUGGGAUCCACCGAAAGAGGCGAAUGGUCGGCUCGACGGCUACACGGUGAACUUCCGCUCGCAGUCGAAGAACGUCACACCGGCGCAAAACGUUAAAGUGAGCGCCUCGGAAACGAGCGUUGUCAUUGACAAAGACUUCAAACCUCACGUGGUGUACGAGUUUUGGGUGAAGGCACGCAACGGCAAGCACGAGUCACUGUCCUCCGUUAUGGUACCGUUGACGUUCGAUGGUACGUCGUUCGUGGAGAAAAUUACCCGCAUCGAGGUGGUGAACAAAACGACCAAAUCGGUGACGCUACGAUGGAAACCGGUUAGCAAUGCGGAUGGAUAUAUGGUGGUACCGAUCCUGCCGCAAACCUAUCCCGUACUGCCGACGAUAAAGGUACAAAAUGCGACGGUCAUUACGCUGGACAAUAUGGUACCCGGUACGCAGUACGUCAUCAAGGUGGCGGCGUACGUGAAAAACUUUUUCGGACAACACGAAACCACGAUUGUGUCGUUCGGCGGAACACCGCUACCGGCACUGAACGUGGAGCUGAAGGAAAAAACGAACGAUUAUGCGCUAUUGGAGUGGAACGAACCGAAAGGUUUGGACACGAGUAAGCUGGUGUACGGCGUUUACUACGGUACCAGCAUGGAUGCUCUGUUUGAAGCCGCACGCAUUAACACUACAUUGCGUAGCAUUAAAUUAACGGGCCUAAUGCCUUGCCAAUCGUAUCUGGUCAGUGUGGGUAUUGUCGGUCCGAUCGGACCGGGUCCGCUCGGGCGCAAUCCGCUAAAACUGGAGACAGCUUACAAUCGUACGCUACCACCAAAGGAACUAACAGUUGUAAUAAACGAAACUAGUCAAGAAAUGACCAUCGAAUGGCAGCAUAGCUGUGCUUUGGAUUUGGGCGCGUACCCAUCAUACAUUAUAACGGUGCGUGAACUGACGCUGAACAAAACAUCCGUCGUGACGGUGCAACCGUCUAGCAACAAAACGAUAGUGCAUGUAUUCCGCAAGAUUCCUAAGGGUGCGGCGUACGAAAUAUCCGUAUCAACUGACAUUCCGAAUGCGCAGGCGGUUAGCAUGAUUGCGUACUCGGCACCAUUGCCGGUGCCGGAGCAACUGCAGGUGUGGGAGGAACGCAACGGAACGUUCGUGGUGUAUUGGAAAACAGUGAAGAAUUUCACAGAUAUUGGCUACUCCUAUGAAAUCAUUGUGUACGAAGGCCAAAGCAUCAACACUUCCGUACCACCAAGACUUGCGAUACCGGCCAAAGAACCACCCGCUUUUAUCGAACCGUAUCAACUAAAUUGGAACGAUGAGGAAGCCUUAACGUUUGGUGUUCGACUGAAAACGGAUCAGGGUCUGUACUCCGAAAUUGUACAAACGGAAACAUUCAUCAAACAAAUUUAUCGGUACACGAGAUUACCAUCCACCUCUUCCGUGGGAUCGUCCUGGAAAUGGAUUGUGCCGACCGUUAUUGUUGUGGUACUUAUUGCCGUGCUUGCGUACGGUGUCCAGCGCCACCGGCGAUUGCAGAGCUCGUUUAGCCGGUUCGCAAACUCACACUACGACACACGAACGGGUGCCACGCGCAUCGGCUGCACGCUGGAUGACGAUGAGCACGAGCAUCAGGAGGUGCCGCGCAGUUUCUCCGACGACGAGCCACUAGUGAUUGCUUAA